UUAACAUUACUCUUAUUACAUUUAUUCUGAACGUUUGUGACUAAAUAUGAAAACUAUGUACUUUAUGACAAAGAAUCAGUUAAAUUAUUUUUAACAGAUAAAAUUAUUAAGUUCCUAGGUGUUUGAAGAGAUAUGAUUUUCAGAAUUCUAGUUUAUGACCUCAAAAAAUUAUAUCGUUCUUAAAAAGACUGUGCUUGAAAAAAACUGAACUCGUAAUGUGGAAACGGAUAUCCAUAUUUAUUGUAUUGCCAAUGUUAAUCAUACAGAUGAACAGUAUUCAAUGGCUGGGCAUGCAGAAAGCGGCCGGCAAAGUGGACUGGAACGACGUGGGCGUUUGUCAGACGUUACGCAAAACCUACGGACUGGACUCGCGUCAAGCGCGCAUUUGCAAGUCUUGGCGUCCAGUCAUGCAGCACGUUUCCCGGGCCGCAGCGUUGGCCGUGGUCGCCUGUCAGUCGGUCUUGCAAAACAGACGGUGGAACUGUUCGUCGGUGCGGUCUGCGCCGGGACUCACGCCGGAGCUGGUCAAAGGCACGAAAGAACAGUCAUUCGCAUACGCGCUCAGCUCAGCUGCACUGACGUACACCAUGACCAGGGACUGUGCAUCCGGAAUGUUAUCAAGCUGCGGGUGCGGCACUCACCCGGAAGACACGGAUGGCACAUUCAAGUGGAGCGGGUGCGACGACAAUAUCCGGUGGGGUGCCAAGUUCGCCAGACAGUUUGUGAAGAAAGAAAACCCUUUGGCGGCAAUAGUAUCGGGUGAAUACAAAGAUUGGGGUGGUGGCGGUAACGACGAUGACGAUGUCGACGACUUGCUGACCAACGCCAACGAAGACGCGGUAUGGCGUGAACAGAGAGCCAUGUCUAUCAUCGACGAACACAAUUACAAAAUAGGUCGAAAAGUGGUCGUAUCAAGUGUGAAAACCCAUUGCAAGUGUCACGGCAUGUCAGGAUCGUGUAACGUGAAAACGUGUUGGCGAGGUCUGCCGAAUAAAUUCAUUGGUGUAGGCAUCAAGUUGUUAAAAUUGUACAAUAAAACACCAAUGAAAGUGGAAAUGAUUCAAGUAAUUCGAUUCGGACUUCCAAAACACACGGACAGUUCAUUAGUUUAUAUUACAGAAUCUUCAGAUUAUUGUAAUUACGACCAGAAAAUAGGCAGUUAUGGAACAGUCGGCAGAAAGUGUAAUUCUACAGCAGUUGGUACUGAAAAUUGUCUUACUAUGUGCUGUGGCCGAGGAUACACUACUCAAAUCAUUGAACAAACAGAACGCUGCCAAUGCAAAUAUCAUUGGUGCUGUUAUGUAAAUUGUCAAAAUUGUACUAGUCUAGUAAAGAGGCAAAUUUGUAAUUAAUUGUAUUGAUUUAUAUUUAGUUAAAACUUUGUGUUAUAAAAGAAUUUUUUAGUUUUU